GUAGGUUGGACUUGCCAGGUGGUUCCAAGCAGAUUCUGUUCCCCGAGGCAGUCGAUCACGCCUGACUGGAUAACUGACUACUGGAUCGAUGAACAGAAAGUCACUGAGAUGACAUAGGGAAGGGUGUCAGGGACAAUGGUGCAGAAAAAGAAAAUCUGCCCUCGGUUACUUGACUAUCUUGUGAUCAUUGGAGCCAGGCAGCCAAGUAGCGAUAGUGUUGCUCAGACUCCUGAACUGCUGCGACGUUACCCUCUAGAAGACCACGUGGACUUCCCUUUACCGCCUGAUGUUGUAUUCUUCUGCCAGCCAGAAGGAUGCCUGAGUGUGCGGCAAAAACGCAUGAGCUUCCGUGAUGAUACUUCCUUUGUCUUCACGCUCACAGACAAGGAUACAGGUGUCAUUCGCUAUGGAAUCUGUGUCAACUUCUACCGCUCCUUCCAGAAGCGAGUAUCCAAGGAGAAGGGAGAGGGCACAGCAGGGCAUCGAGCUCGGGAGGGACAGAAAAUCCCCAAAUGCGGUGAUGCGUCUGCACCCCAAGAGGAAGUGGGCACCGAGAGUUCGGAGAGUGGUUCUUCGCUGCAGGCUCCAAGUACAGAGUCUACCCCAGAUGUGAAUCGAUCACCACGCAGUAAGCGCCUGGCCAAAGGCAGCCAUCGCUCUCGCAACAGCACUCUGACUUCUCUGUGCAUCCUUAGUCAUUAUCCCUUCUUUUCCACCUUUCGUGAGUGUCUGUACACCCUCAAGAGACUUGUGGACUGCUGUAGCGAGAGAUUGUUGGGCAAGAAGCUGGGGAUUCCUCGUGGGGUGCAGAGGGAUACCAUGUGGCGGAUUUUCACAGGCUCCCUCCUGGUGGAAGAAAAGUCUAGUGCGUUGCUACACGACUUGAGGGAGAUUGAGGCCUGGAUAUACCGGCUGCUCCGUUCACCGAUGCCUGUUGCUGGUCAGAAGCGGGUGGACGUGGAAGUCUUGCCACAUGAGUUGCAGCCAGCUUUGACCUUUGCUCUUCCUGAUCCAUCCCGUUUCACCUUGGUGGAUUUUCCACUCCAUCUGCCUUUGGAGUUGUUGGGAGUGGAUGCCUGCUUGCAGGUGCUGACCUGCAUCCUUCUGGAGCACAAGGUUGUACUGCAGUCCAGAGAUUAUAAUGCACUCUCAAUGUCUGUGAUGGCCUUUGUGGCUAUGAUCUACCCAUUAGAGUACAUGUUCCCAGUGAUCCCGCUGCUUCCCACCUGCAUGGCCUCAGCAGAACAGUUGCUUCUAGCCCCUACACCUUAUAUCAUUGGUGUUCCAGCAAGUUUCUUCCUUUACAAACUGGAUUUUAAAAUGCCUGAUGAUGUAUGGCUUAUUGACCUGGAUACCAAUAGGGUGAUCGUUCCCACAAAUGCAGAAUCUUUGCCAGCGCUGCCAGAACCAGAAGCUUCAGAGCUGAAAAAGCAUCUGAAACAG